CACAAACAAACAUCGAACUGGAUCGUUUACGGUGUACUGGCGAUCACGCGAGAUUAUCGCAAGUUCGUGUGUGUAAGCGUACAAACUGGAUACACUUCUACACAAUGUACCUUUGUAAUCGACGUGUGCAAGCUUAUUGGUAUACAUACACCAAGUUGGUGUGUGCGAUACCGAUACAUAGGAGGUACUCUAAGAAGAUAUCGCUAAGUGCCUGCCGAUAUACGGGACGGCAGAUCAGUUUAAGACCACCUGCCCCAGAAGGUGGAACACUCCGCGCGAAGUAAUCGGUUUAACAGUGAUCGUGGAUUUAAUCAGUGACGAUCGAACCGACAUUGGAAAUAGCUUAAGGACUUUGGUCGGCGAUUGUCGCAUCCUGAAGGAGAAAUGGAUCCAAUACGAAAAAAGAGAAAGAAGACGCGCGACGAGAAGAAAGUGCUGCUAUCCAUCGUCAAUCCUUGGGACGUAAAAGUAGCCAGUGUCGAUCCGGUUGGACUGGCCGCACGACGAGGCGUCUCCCUGUCCAUCCUGUCCUCGGCUCAGGACGAGGAUAAUGCCAUCCAGGAAUGGCCAAGCUUGGGCAGGACCGUCAAGAUACCGUCACCGUGGUACAAACCUGGUAGCGGGUCCAUCGGUCACGUCAGCUCACCCAAAUUCGAAGAGACCGCGCUAAUCGAUACGAACUUCCUGCAUCCUUGGUACACGACGCGAAGAUCGCCUGUCAACGCGACACGCAAGUCCUCGUCGCUGAGUCCUUCCAGAGAGAGACUGCGAGACAGUGGCAGGCGUACGAAGGAAGGCAACAAGACAGAACGCGACGCCGAGGCGGACGAGGUCGACAGUGGAUUAAUCAACGGCACGCAGGAAAUUAGACGCGACGAUUCCGAUGACACGGACGGCACCGCGGCGGCGCGGGUGCGUUUCGAGAUCGACAGAGCGCGGCCGCAGCGGAAUGGAGUGCGAUGUGAGGACGAGCAAGAUGUUAACGAUACGUCGCGAGUGUUGACCGAGACUCCGAGAGGGAACAGUAAUUCAAAGUCCGAGCACGCACCGUCGGCGAUCGCGAGGCAGAGUCACGCGAACGAAGUGACCGUGGAAAAGCGGGAAAAUUUGCGAAAGACGGACGAUGUAGGAGAUGACAGUAAUCCUCGUGUAGUCAAAGAGGAGUCGACAGUCGUCAACAUCGUUCAGCACUUGGUGGAAUCCAGAUACAGUCCACAAACCGCGACGGACAGGAGAGUGAAAAGGAUGCCAUCAUGUCGUCGACAAGAAGCAUCGAAAGAAAUAGAUCCAGUGGAUAUUUCAGGCGAACUGAACGAUAAUGUGGACGAGGUUAUUAACAUAGUCAAACCAAAGAGUCAUCAAGAAGCCACCGACGAGAGAAAGACGGCGAAGGUGUCGCCGAAUGUCGUAGGACUGCGAGCUACGAACAUUAGAAAGACUAGCAUCUCGAUGCCCAGCAAACUCGACGAGAUGGAUGUUCUCCGAAUAGAUAGGCAGAACGGGACUGCCUCGAAAUUCACGAGAGCAGAAAGUGACAGCAGCAGCGUGACUUUCAGCAACAGCGGUUCGACACCGAACGGAAGCCCUCUUCUGGGUUCCGAGACGGAAGAGGAAGCGAACGACGAGGAAUUGGUCAAAGUUCCAUUGCAAGCUCCACCACGAAGGAAGGGCAGGGCCGUGUCGCCGUCGAUGAAUGAGAAGAUGGGAAAUGAUCCUACGGAACUCUCGAGCGUGCAAAGUGCAAAUUCCACGAUAACCAGCGUGAACAGCAUAAGCAGUCUCUUGAAGGAGAAACUGCAAUUAUCGAUACCACAGGCUCUGCGAAGCAGCAAAAGGCGUCAGAAUGCCGAUUACAGGCUCAAAGCUUUUGUCGGUUUCCUCUUCCUCUGCGUCGUCUUCCUCGUGAGUUUCGCACACAUUUACUAUACUCAGCACGUUCUGCAACGAGCUUACUUCAACAACUUUAGGUUUAACAAGAACGAGAGGGUAAUGAGAAUCUAUAGUAUCGCGGACGCGGAGAUCAUCGUCGCGAGGCUCGGCGAAGGCAUACCUGCGGACACAGGAGUGUACCCUUGCCUGCCGCAUCAUCAGAAGCAGGACUCAGUUUGCCUAGAGUGGCUGCAACAAACGCGCCUCUACCUGGCGCACACGAAACGCGAAGACAUGCACUGCUAUCACGUGACCUGGCAAAGCCUGAGCCCAAACUACAACCCUAAGGACUGCUUCGACUGGUCGUCGAAGCGCGGCCAUUGGUACGGCGCCGGUCAGAUCCAGAACAUGGCCUACCCGCUAGAACGCGGACGCCUGGAGCUGAGUCCCUUUGUCACAGGCGACGUGAGGAAGCACCCAUUCGGCAACGUGUUGAAGAGAUACUUCUUGAGUUCCAAGGGCGCCACGAUCCUGGUGGACCCCGAGACGCCGUUGUACGUCUCCAUCAAUGCCAACCGCACCAAUGAUUUCUGUUUACAGGCCAAGCAUGACGCUUUCGCCUACAUCAAUCACCUAACGCCUUUGCCUCAGCUCAACUACACCAUCUGCGCCACCGACAACAUGAAGAGUCUGCAUUCCUCAAUGGCGGAGAAGUCCUUGUGGGACGGUCUCAAACCGGACGAGCUGCACGCUGUUCACUCUCUAUUGUCUGAACCAGUCUGGCAGAUUUCGCCAAUUAAUGAGGCGGCCAUUUACAAUUAUACGGAGGACGUAAUCGCGUUGGGAUUCCUGCGGCAAGGACACGUCCUACUGAGCGAGGAAUGGCAACCCAGUCCGGGAGACUUUAUAUUGGACGAGGAGCGGUUUCCAUCCAUGGAGGAGACUAUCAAUAUCAUUCAUCGCAGAGGAUUUAGGAUAGUCUUCAGCAUCCAACCGUUCAUCUCUACGGAGUCCGUGAAUUUUAAGGACGCUGUCGCCAAUAGAUUACUGAUCUCCGAGAGAGGAAGCGAUCCUAGAAUCCCGGCAUUGACAAGGUACAAGCAAAGCAAUAGCGCCGGCGUGCUCGAUAUUACCAACAACAAGACCCUGCCGUGGCUGCAGGCGAAGCUGGAGAGCCUGAUCAUGAAGUACCACGUGGACUCAUUCUACCUCGACCUGGGCACAGCUCAAGACAUGCCUCACUACUACAAGUGCGAACAACCCCUGACCAACCCCGAUCACUACAAAACGAUCUUCACUCGCUCGAUAUUGGGCACGAUUCCCGUGAUCGGCGUUUCGAGUGCCAUUUCCAGGCCGCGAGCUCCCGUCUUCGUGUCCUUGCCGCCGUUUCCCUCCUCGUGGAAAGCCAUCAAGACCGUCAUUCCCACCGUCCUGAGUUACGGCAUGAUCGGUUUCCCUUUUAUUAUGCCAGGAGCGGUGGGUGGCGACGUGGCGUUACCGAUGUCGGACAACAAUCCCGACAACGACUUCGAGGUGAACUUACCAGACAAAGAGCUCUACAUUCGAUGGUUGCAGCUGUCCACUUUCCUACCCGUGAUUCGUUUCACCCAUCUGCCGAGCAAGUACUCGGACGAAUCGGUCCUGGAGAUUGCCAAGCGAUUAACUACUCUGAGACAGAAGACGGUGACGCCGUUACUGAAGAAGUACGCGAAUGAGACCUUGGACACUGGUCUGCCCAUUAUCCGACCGCUCUGGAUGCUGGACCCGGCCGACCCAGCCUGCCACGUGGUGGUCGACGAGUUCUCCGUGGGUGAGGAGUUGAUCGUCGCACCGGUGCUUUACUCAGGCAGUCGGCAGAGGGAGGUUUACCUGCCGGCUGGUGUCUGGAGGGACGGUAUCGACGGCAGCUUGAGGAAAGGUUCGAGAUGGAUUCACAAUUACAGGGUGGCGGAAGACAAGGUGGCAUACUUCGUCAAGAUGCCGGACAACACGAGAUUCUGAAGAGCAGCCCGUUUAAGUCGCUGAAGAGCAGCCAAUAGUACUGAAAUACGAUUUGUGCGUCGUUACCGAGUCACGAUCGCGCUUAAAUCUUUAUUGAUAUGCUCACUGAUUUUUCUUAUCGUAAUCCGCACGAUGAACACGUUUUUCGAUGACUUUGAAAGUGCGGCGAAACGAUUGUGCAGUGAUAAAUACUUCGUAGCGCUUAGAAAUGACAAAGAUAUACUUUGCAUAUACAUGUGCGAUAUAUUCAAUGUAUUCGAAUAGCGCGGGGAUUAUAACUGACGAAAUACCGACAAGUUUAAAUUACGAGAGAAAUAUUUAAUACAUUGCGGACGGAUCACGAAAAUUCCCUAUUGUAAGAUAAUAAUAUUAGGUUGGUGCAUAAAAUUUGUUAUUCCGCUAUUAAAUCCUUAAGUGGUACUCUCAGAAAAGUUUUGUAAAAUAUUAAUUUUUUUUUUAAUUUAAACUAUUGUAUUUUUUAACUCAUAGCAAAGUAUAUACAUUUUGUAUUCUAUUUUUCAAAAUUCCUCAAAGAAAAUAGCAAUCGAGAAAAAACAAAUUUAGAUAAACUUAUUAGAAGAAAAGUCUUCUCUGAGGGGGAGAAUCGUACAUUUUAAAUCAUUAUUUAAGAAGAAAUCUUAGUUCACAGAUUAUUGAAAAAUAUGAGGUUUUUACGAUUUUUUUUUAAAGAAACAAAUAAAAAUGUCAAUAUAAAAUUUUACAUCAUUUAUCAUUGUUUUAAAUAUAGAAAAACUAUGGAAAAAUUCCAGAUUUUCUGUGCUGGGCGUCGGAUGUCUCCAACUGAUGAACGAUAUUACAUUGUAAUAAUUUGAAACAAAUAUUGUGUGUAUGUGUGUGGGACAAGAAAAUUUAAAACUUGUAUUUACUAAAGGAUGAAUUUAAAUUUUUUGCAAAUUUCCAAAAAAUUAGUGGGGACAAACACUAACAAUUUAUGUUUUUAUUUAGUUAAUAUUACGCUAUCACAUCUGCGUGUUGGUUCUUAACAAACCCUUACUCCUCCUUACUUGACAAAAAAUUAUCCAUCUGUUUUUCCCAAAACACUGAAUAAAAAAAGGGGGAAAAAUAACUCGUAACAUUGCGAAAAAUCACUAUAUUGUUAAACUUCAAUUUUCUUCAUACAACAAAGGUUAAUCAUCCAGCAAAUUUAAUACAGUUUUAAAUUUUUUGUCUCAUUUGAUUCAGAUUAUUACUCGAGUUGUAAUGUUGUCCAUCAGUUAAAGAUGUCCGAUGGCUUCGCGCUCAACACAAGAAACCUAAACGACGAAACUUCAAUUAGUUUUUACAUAAAAAAAUAAUUUUCUUAUACUUAAGACAAUGGUAAUUAGAAAAUAGUCAAAUCCCUAUAUUGAUAUCUUUAUUUUUUUCUUUGAAAAAAAAUUCGUAAAACCUAUUUUUUCGGGUCCUCUCACAUCCUCCUCACGAAGAAUUUAGACAUUAAAAAGUUGGCCAACUAAUAUAUGCUAUUUGAACCCACACAGCAAAAAUAUUCAAAAUGCAUUAUAGAGAUAUCCUAAAGAUAUCGCGACAUUGAGAGAAAUUAUUCGAUAAGAAAUUAACAAACGAAUAUUUCUAAUCAAAAUGCCGAUGAAUUUGUGUAUCUGAUCAGGAAACAUCCGAUGAGAAAUAUCGAUUCAUAACUUUUUGAUGGGUUUACCUGUGUGAUGAAAUGCCAUUAUAGUUGGAAGUAUUCGAUUAAAUUUAAUCGGAUAUCCUGAUCAGGUAUAAAAAUUCAUUGGUACUUUGAUCGGAAAUAUCCGUUUGUUAAUUUUUUAUCGGAUAAUUUAUCUCAGUGUAAGAUAUUUCUACGAUAUAUAUUCUGAUGUAUGGGAAGGUUAUUCGAUAUUGAAUGUUGCUCGUUUUAUUCGUAAAAGAUUUCUUGCACCAACCUAAUACCUGCCGUUGAGCAAGGCUAGCAACGAAAUGAUUUGUUUACAAUAUAUCAACAUCGUUAUGUUUCGUGUGUAAAAUACGAUCAAUCGCGUGAGAUCAGUGCGUCUCGAGAAUACACGCGCUGACACAUAUUGAAGAGAAAGCAAAUGUGUAGGUCUACCUUAAGUCAACAAUGAUAUCUUACUUUUACCCAACGAUGCUGCUUCACCGUAUACCAAUUUGUCACAAUAAUUUAUUAGCCAAACACACUGAGAUUUAGCGAGGUGGAUUGAAAAUAAAAGAUGUAAAUGUA